AGAAAGAUCUCAAAAGAGGAACGAAGACUUCGUGAAGUCAUCGGAGAUUUACCCCCACCUCCACCGCCAGGAUCAAGUAAGCAUGAAGACGAUUGUUAUCUUGCAAUUAGAGCAUUUGAGAUUGAGCAGAUGACAUAUGACUUUGUUCUUUGUGACACAUGCAAGGAAAGGCGUCUUCAAGUGAUUGGUAGUAGAAAUGGUUGUUGUAGUAGAUGCAAAAGGGACAAACAAGUUCCAAAGKUGUGGUCUCAAGAAAAUAAUAUGGAUCCAGGACCAGUACCAGAUCAACUUGCAGAUUUAACAGAUGCAGAGCAGAUGCUGAUUGCACGAUUAGCACCUGCCAUUCAUGUGCGUAUUUUGAAGCAUGGUGGAAUUGCCUCAAGAGGACACUGCAUUGCUUUCCCACAGGCUGUUCAGGAACCAGCGACAAUUCUUCCACGCUUACCUGCAGAGGUGGACAUAAUUCGUGUCCGAAGACAAGGAAAGGAUGACACACACAAAGAUUUUAGAGUGCGAAGAUACCGAGUAGAAGCAGCACUUAGAUGGUUAAGGGCCCAUAAUAUUGCAUAUAGUAACAUUGUCAUUGAUGAAGUUAGAAUUGAAGAGUUACCUGAGGAUGGUGAAUUGCCACUUCUGCGUACAGUUGAAUUUAGCGAGACCCAUCAUGAAGAUGACCGAGGUCCUGCACCAGAUGUUGGAGUUGUAGAUGGUGAUGAAGAGACUGUGUCUGGAGUUCUCUUACCCGAACCAGGUGUGAAUGAUCAAGAGCAAAUUCAAACAGCAGUAAACCAGAUUAUAUCUGACCAUGAAGAUGACCAACGAGUGAACCAACCAGCUACCGUUCAAAGACCAGAUGUGGUGAUUAUAAUGCAAAUCGGCCAAGGACAUGUUCAUCUCUUCAUGACUGGGCAGAACACUUGUUGUGGUACRAAGAUGGAAGAUUUGCUAAGAAUAAAGUUUGGAAGUUUGUUGUGCACAACAUGA